UGCACCGUCUGCCUGGACCUGCCCAAGGCCUCCGUGUACCAGUGUACUAACGGUCACUUGAUGUGCGCUGGCUGUUUUAUCCACCUACUAGCAGAUGCCCGGCUGAAGGAGGAGCAGGCCACAUGCCCCAACUGUCGUUGUGAGAUCAGUAAGAGCCUCUGCUGCCGCAACCUGGCUGUGGAGAAAGCCGUGAGCGAGCUGCCCUCCGAGUGUGGCUUCUGCCUGCGCCAGUUUCCCCGCUCUCUCCUGGAGAGGCACCAGAAGGAGGAGUGCCAAGACAGGGUGACCCAGUGCAAGUACAAGCGAAUUGGCUGCCCGUGGCACGGCCCCUUCCAUGAGCUGACUGUGCACGAGGCUGCCUGUGCCCACCCCACCAAGACGGGCAACGAGCUGAUGGAGAUCCUGGACGAGAUGGACCAGAGCCACCGCAAGGAGAUGCAGCUCUACAACAGCAUCUUUAGCCUGCUGAGCUUCGAGAAGAUCGGCUACACAGAGGUCCAGUUCCGGCCGUACCGCACGGACGACUUCAUCACGCGCCUAUACUACGAGACACCGCGGUUCACGGUGCUGAACCAGACGUGGGUCCUGAAGGCGCGAGUGAACGACUCAGAGCGCAACCCCAACCUGUCGUGCAAGCGCACGCUGUCCUUCCAGCUGCUCCUCAAGAGCAAGGUCACAGCUCCCCUGGAGUGCUCCUUCCUGCUGCUCAAGGGCCCCUAUGACGACGUGAAGAUCAGCCCUGUCAUCUACCACUUUGUCUUCACCAAUGAAAGCAACGAGACGGACUACGUGCCACUGCCCAUCGUGGACUCCGUGGAGUGCAACAAGCUGCUGGCCGCCAAAAACAUCAACCUGCGGCUCUUCCUCUUCCAGAUCCAGAAGUAGGCGCCGCUGCGCUGCCCACACCUGCCUGGCUGCGGCUUUGCAGUGCUGUCUGACCAUUUCAGCAGAGGAGGAACAGACGUGAACACGGGAAAGUCUGCAUGCGUGUGCGAAGGUGUGAGCGCUCACCACCUGGCCCUCCACCUGCCUCCCUGUCCAGGGCAUGGAGGCUGGUUCAGGGACACCGCAAGGCGAGCUCAGCAGACUUGCCGGCCUCUGCCACUCGGCGAAGCGCCCCACCUGCCCUGGGCCGCACACAGCUCCUGGGCCGGGCUCGGGCGCUGGCUUCAGACAGCAUAUCUGAUUGCAAUUAAAAAGGCACCUUGUUUCCUACUUUCUGUUUUGUUCAAGGGUAAGGUGUGGCUGUGAUUGGACAGUGGGGAAACUAGUGGGCCUGGGGGUCAGAGCCACUCAUCCCUCAGUGUGCCCCUAGGAGACACGGAGAUGCUGCUUCCUCCACCAUGGGCCUCAGCAGGGGAGUGGACAGGGGCAGGGGUCUCAUAGCAGCCUCAGCGCACCCCCCAGCCACUCCAGGGAGGAGGACUUGGCCACCUGGGCUCAGCGGAUGUUUCGGAAUGCAGGGUGAAAUUCUGUCUCUUCCCAGGAAAUAAAUGAAAUUCUUUAUAGGC